AUGGCUCAACACAGUACAGCAAUCCCGCUCACUCCCGGCGCCGUCCUCGGUCAUCCCGAUGUUCAAGAAAAAUGGCCCAGAGACCCUGAACAACUUUUUGUUAACGGGAUUGACAGCGGCGUAUUCAUUAAUGAACUGGCAAACAUUGAGCUUCUGCCGAGAAGGCUCAAAUCUUUUAGCGACGGGGAGAAGAAGUCUUUUCACCAAAAUCCGGAGAAUUUACAUUGGAAAGCCCAUGAACAAGGGCCAUCUCCAAUCUCAGAAGGGACACAUCGGGGUACAAAGCUUGCCCUUACCAAGUCCUAUGAAUUGAUAGAGCAGCGUUUCAUGUCCUUCAUGGACGCAGCGAAUUUCGAACCAUUGGUUCCAUCACCUCUAUCCAGGGAAGAGAAAGAGCAAUUCUUCGCUUUCACAGAUGGUUCAGACGGCUUCCCGCCCCAUCUUAACCUCGCUGGAAAUGUACCAGCAGCAGAGGCGGAAAAAAACAAAACCGAGAGAUCAACGCUCCAGCCAUCUGAUCUGUUUAGUAAGAUGCGCCUGCUUCAGUUGAGCUCGCUUUUACCUAGUGUGGUGCCAAAUAAAUGUAUCAGAGGGGCUGCCAAGGUAGGCGCAUGGGCUUGGUUUGGGUCUAUGGGAACGCCCGAUGCAGGCACCAAGCUGGAAGACGUGGAAUCGUUUAACAGAAAAGCUCGUGGAUCCUCGCACCGCAAUGAUAUAUUUGACCUACCCAACGUGGGUGAUUUGCCAGAUUGGUAUAGUGAUAACCGAUUUUGCCAGCAGCAGUUCACAGGUACAAAUCCUACAACUAUUGAGCGGGCUUCAGAUAGUUGGAUCAACCACUUUGUUCAAGCUGCAAAAGCACCAGAGGAUGCCGCGGGUAAGGAGAAAAUUGUUGAUCUCAAUAAGAAUUGCCGAGAGUCUUUGUACAUGCAGGACUAUAGCUACUUUCGCAAGGCUGCGGGAUUGGACACGAGCGCAUUCAUCAAGUGUGCAUUUGAUGAACCAGACGAGAAGGAUAAGGGCAGACAGGGUAAUCGCUAUGGCUGCGCGUCUGUCUGUCUUUUUUAUCUCAACGAUCAAGGCCAAUUGUACCCGCUCGCUAUUGUCCUCGAUUGGCGCGGCAGUGCUGAAAACUCCGUGACGAUCUACAAUCGGGAACUGCUAAAGCGGACGGAUCUCCAUUCAGGUAGUGACAAGCAUGACCCAAAGGUGAAGUCAAUUGAUGAGGCUCAUGACUGGCCUUGGAGAUAUGCCAAAACAUGCGUGCAGUGCAGCGACUGGCUUCGACAUGAAGUGACGGUGCACCUUACCAACACGCAUCUCAUUGAAGAGGCCACAAUCGUCGCCUCUAACAGGCAACUCGACCCGAAUCACCCAGUGAUGAGACUACUCUAUCCGCAUUGGCAGAAGACCCUGGCAAUAAACGCGGCAGCCAGAAACACUCUUAUCCCCCACAUCAUAGUGGAGUUGAUCGGGUUCCAACCAGAGGAAGCAUAUAAGUUUAUCAAGCAUGCUUAUAAAACCUUCGACUUCAAGAAUCGCUACGUGCCGAAAGAUCUGGCACAGCGCGGGUUCCCUCCAGAACAACUCAACCACGAGAAGUUUCACAACUACGCCUAUGCCAGAUGUAUAUACAGCAUGUGGAACAAAAUUCGGUCAUACGUCGAGGAUAUGCUGAGCCUGUAUUACCAACAGCCUGGUGCCGACAAAAAGGUUCUACAGGACGAGCGUAUCCAAGCCUGGUCCGCAGAAAUGCGAAGUCCAGGCGGUGCAGAUCUACCAUCCUUCCCAACGAUCAACACCUUUGCAGAGCUAGUUGACUGUGUAACGAUGUGCAUCCACAUCGCUUCCCCGCAACACACAGCAGUCAACUACCUUCAAAACUAUUACCAGUCAUUUGUAGUCAACAAACCCCCUUGCCUGUACACGGAACACCCAUCCACUCUGCAAGAUCUACUCAAGUAUACGGAGAAACAGCUUGUUGAUGCGCUCCCUAUGAAUCAUACGCGGGAGUGGCUUCUUGCUUCACAUACGCCCUACCUACUCAGCUUCAAACCGGGUAACAAAGAAAGCCUGAUUGUCUACGCUGCUUCAAAGUUUCGGGUAUAUCAUGACAAGACGUCGAAGACAGAACAGGCCGUUGCGAAAGCGGCGGGGAAGUUUUACACGGCCCUUGCUGAUAGUGAGGACGAGUUUAGAUCUUACGGACAAGCAACGGAUGACUGGGGAACCAUCCCGUACGAGGUGUUGAGCCCAGAGUGGAAUGCAGUGUCGAUUCUAAUUUAG